GUGAAAUAUAUUCCGACAUAAUCAUAUUUGUUAGAGAGUAUAAUUAAACGUAACUAGAUGCAUUUACCUGUAGAUAUGCUGUCCAUUUGUUUAUUGAUAGAAGUGUUUGCGAUUUCACGGGCUUAUGUUAACGUUGCCCUCAAUAAACCAACAUACCAGCAGUAUCCAUUGAGACCAGGUGACGACAGGUAUGACGCCAGUAACGCUGUGGACGGAUACAAAUCUGACCUGAGCUUUGGCGGUGGUCAAUGUUCUGUAUCAAAGUACUCUAAAAAAACCGCUACCUGGUGGGUGAACCUGAGCAGCAUCCACAGUAUCCAUCAAAUCACGUUCUACUUCAGGACGAACAAUGACGAAUAUGUGGUUUGGAGGUUGUUAUCAGGCUAUAUUCUUGGAUUCUCUGUGUAUGUCUCCAAUACUACGGAUAAAUCACAGGGAACGUUGUGUUUCAAGGACAACAACUUCACAAUCAACACAAUACCUUCUGUCUUCACAACAAACUGUUCUGUUCAUGGACAAUAUGUCAUCUACUACAACGAGAGACUACCAGGAGUGGUCUACCCUGACGGUUAUGCUAGUUCUGUUGACAGUGGUCUUUGUGAAGUAGAGGUGUAUGGAUGUCCGAAAACAGGGUUUUACGGAUCGAACUGCUCUAUUCCCUGUCCAGAUGUAAACUGUCAGUACUGUCACAUAGAGACGGGCUAUAGUCAGUGUUGUAAACCUGGAUACCAAGGUCAUCACUGCGAAUUAGGUAAGAAAUAGUUUCAAUAGACAAAGAUAACUUAUACGUGUCCAUGCCUCUGUAUGGUCUCGUUACGUAUUGGCUACCAUUAUAAAGCAUUGGUAAUUCUAAUCAAAUUUGAAGAUAUUUGAUUUUUUUUCUAAAACAAUCAUACAAAAUAAGUCAAAGCGUGUCAAAUUUUUUGGUUUUAAUUUUUUAUUUGUGUAUAAUAAAAGAUCAUAAACAUGCGUGUGGGUAUGAUUAUAACAAAUUUAAAAACAUUGAAAUCUUUAAUUUUAUAACCCAUUUCAUUCCAUAUAAAAAAAUUGCUUUGCUGAUUAGUUCCUGCAUUUACUUUAAAAAGUUUCACAAAUGUUUAACAAAAAAUCAUUGUUAGUGUGCAGUCAGGUAAACUUUUUUUUCCAACAACAAAUGUGAAAUUAAGCACAUUUACGGCUAUGGAGGAUUUUUAUUAAUGUCCCAGUAAGGACCGUUGAUAAACCUAAAGAAAAUUACCGUAUAUAACGAACACGACUCUAACAAAGUAAAUUUAAGACUUCGCUAAUGAAAUUGGACUGCAAUGUUAUAUUCCUGUAACGAAUAGUGUACAUUGAAUAUUAAUUCAAAGACAUAUAAAAUUUUAAUAUUUGUUGACUGCUCUAAUGUUUAUUAAAUGGAAUGUUCGCGGCCUUACAAGAUAAAAUAAAACGAUUCACUUUGCGUUUUGAGUCUUGUUCAUAGUUCCCGACGGUAAACUACAUCUAAUUUUAGGGGUGUUUACAAUGAUGUAAUGGACAAUAGACUGCCAAAAUUAAAUAAACUGUUCGGGAAACAUUUUUAUUGUUUCUAAUUUUGAUAUGUCAGAGGUGAUUUUGGUUGCGUGUUGUCGUAUGAAGCAUAGUAGUGAAGAUUAAAUCGAGUUCAAUUCCUCGUUUGCCAAUAAAUAUUAUAUCUGUAAAUAAUGAUACGACAGUGUGAAAUACUGUCAUCUUACCGUUUAAGAACAAAUUCACUGUGAUAUUUCUUACAAAUUCGUUAUUGAAAUUUAACGA